ACCAGGGGCGUGCUGCGGCCGCCCGGGCGGACCCGGCGAGAGGCGGCGGCGGGAGCGGCGGUGAUGGACGGGUCCGGGGAGCAACCCAGAGGCGGGGGGCCCACCAGCUCUGAGCAGAUCAUGAAGACAGGGGCCCUUUUGCUUCAGGGUUUCAUCCAAGAUCGAGCAGGGCGAAUGGGGGGAGAGACACCCGAGCUGGCCCUGGAGCAGGUGCCCCAGGAUGCAUCCACCAAGAAGCUCAGCGAGUGUCUCAAGCGCAUCGGAGAUGAACUGGACAGUAACAUGGAAUUACAGAGGAUGAUCGCAGCCGUGGACACAGACUCCCCCCGUGAGGUCUUUUUCCGAGUGGCAGCUGACAUGUUUUCUGAUGGCAACUUCAACUGGGGCCGGGUUGUUGCCCUCUUCUACUUUGCCAGCAAACUGGUGCUCAAGGUGGGCGGCUGCAGGGCAGUGAGCCCAGGGAAGUGCCAUUCAGACCUACGAGGACCUAGGGGUUGUGAGGUCAACCCCUGUGGCAGCCCACUCACCCAAGGGAAUGGAGAGAGCUAUGGGCUGGUUGUUUGCUCCUUCAUUUAUUCAUGCGGCAUUUAUUGGGCCUACUAUGUGCCUGACCUGUACUCGACACCCGAGAUGCAGCACCAAACAGCAGGCUGGAGCCCUGCUCUCUUGGAGCUCACAUUGUCCAAUGGGUGCUGAGAGAAGUAAACUAGGAUGAUGUAAUGCAAAGCGGUCGGAACGACUUCUAAGAGCGAGUGACAUUAAAGCCGACGUUGCAGUGAUCUAUGAAGAUCAGGGGGAAAGGCAUCUGGUGGUGGCCACAGCAAGUGCAAAGGCCAUGAGGCAGGACCAAGGCUGAUGCGCUGAGGGCAGAUUGCAAGGGGUCUUGUGAGGGCCCCCCACAAUCGAUGUUAAAGAUGUUAACUUUGCCAUGAAUGAGAGGGGAGUGACUGGCUGGUUUUAAACAGGAGUGAGGUGACCUGAUUUAUAAAUUUAAAGGAUUGUUCUAGGAAGCAAAAUGUUAAUUGUAUGAUCUAGGCUGU